GUCGACGUCACUACAGAAAAUGACCCAACCAAGUCCUCCACGCGCUGCUGCUGCUGCUGCUGCUGCCGUGUGGUUUGUUUGAAUGGGAGGACGACAGAGGGAAAAAAAAAAUCUCACCUCCCGUCUAUCAAUGAGUGAACGUACCACAGACAUCCUGCUGCCCAUACGCGACAGCUCCGGUCUGCCACAGCCGAAGGGACGCGGUUGUUAAGAGGAGUUGACGUCAAGACCGCCUCACAGCAUCACCGGUCUGCCACACUCCUGAGGAGCCCGCUGCUCUCUUCAGGCAUUUCUUCCUCUCUGCUCACUAUUCACCAACUCCUGCUCUGCUCCCAAGUAACCUGUGGGCAUCGCUCAGUGCACUCAGAACCUUGGGGCUGACUCAGGUGCUUUUAUGCACCAGCUAUCAUUACAGGCUCUGUAGGAAAAGAUCAACAUCCUCCAGCCAGUAAAGAAGCCAUGCUUAUCUGGUCCCCUCAUGGCCGUGCCACUAUGACCAUCACCCUCUUUCCGUCCCAGCUGAUGUUCACUCUGGCCCUGGCUGUGCUUUUUAGCCCCAUGGGCCGAGUGACAGGUCUGGGGGAAAGUGAGACACAGUCUCCUGCCCAGGUGCUCCAGGACCUGCUGGCCCGCCAUGGAGACAACAGCACCAUCACAGUGCCCCAACUGCGUGCUCUACUAGCCCUCCUCAGUCGGGGUCAGAGUGAAGGUGAUGACGACAGCAGCAGUGUGGCAGAGACACCUACAACCGCACCUCCCAAAUCCAACAGCUCCAAGUGCCUGCCUGCAGACACACUGGCUAUUUACAGCAUCAACGAGCAGUCACGGCUGGAUGGGCAGGGCUUACAGGAGCUGUGCCCCACCAUGCUGCAGCAGUUGGAUACUGGCACCUGCAGGGCGCAAAAAAAGGAAGAGCCGAGCGGUGAUCCCUCUCCCAGGCCCUCAGAUGCUGAAGUGUGGGGUUAUGGGAUCCUGUGUGUGACACUGAUCUCUCUGUGUUCGCUGGUCGGUGCCAGCGUGGUGCCCUUCAUGAAGAAAACCUUUUACAAGCGACUGCUGCUCUACUUCAUAGCCCUGGCCAUUGGCACGCUCUACUCCAACGCCCUGUUUCAGCUCAUCCCAGAGGCCUUUGGUUUUGACCCCAUGGUGGAUUUCUAUGUGUCCAAGUCUGCAGUGGUGUUUGGAGGUUUUUACCUCUUCUUCUUCACUGAAAAGGUCCUUAGAGUGCUUCUCAAACAGAGACAUGGGGCCCAAGGUCACAGCCAUUACCCCGGUACAGACCGUUACUCAACACCUGACGGGGACGUUGAGGAGGGGGAGAAGGAAAAGCUUCAACAGAACGGAGAAGCCAGCAGUCUGGCCCUGGGCAAGGUGGACGCAGGGGAAGGCGAGCUUAUGCUCAGUCCUGCACAGACACCACAGGACUCCCAGAGCCCAGAGAGUGGGGGCCGGUCCGGCACCAGUGGUGGUGGCUGCUAUUGGCUGAAGGGGACAUCCUACUCUGACAUCGGCACACUGGCUUGGAUGAUCACAUUGAGCGAUGGCCUGCACAACUUCAUUGACGGACUAGCCAUCGGCGCCUCCUUCACUGCUUCUGUCUUCCAGGGCAUUAGCACCUCCGUGGCCAUCCUGUGUGAGGAGUUCCCCCAUGAGCUAGGAGACUUUGUUAUCCUGCUGAACGCUGGCAUGAGCAUACAGCAGGCUCUGUUCUUUAACUUCCUGUCUGCUUGUUGCUGUUACCUGGGCAUGGGCUUUGGCAUCCUGGCCGGCAACAGCUUCUCCCCCAACUGGAUCUUUGCCCUGGCUGGGGGAAUGUUCCUCUAUAUCGCUCUGGCAGACAUGUUUCCAGAGAUGAAUGAGGUGAGUCGUGAGGAAGAGGACGCAGGUGGAAGCAGCUUCCUCCUCACCUUUGCCAUCCAGAACGCUGGCCUGCUGACGGGCUUCUCCAUCAUGCUGCUCCUCACCACCUACUCUGGACAAAUACAGCUGGGCUAGCACUGGACUCCCCUGAACCAUCACCAGCUCUAACCAGUGCUAAAUGAAACUGAGAUGUCAUCUGGCUUGUGCUGGUAUAAACUGACCCCAAGAGGAUUUUUUUUCUUUUCUCUUUAUCGUCCUCCCAUCGUCAGUUUUCAGAGCUGUGCGGCAGGUACGCACACUCCUUAAUCAAAAAUGUUUAAGUAGCUGUUCACGCGCAGUUCCCAGAUGCAGUAAAUCCCAGGCGGAGGGGGUGGUAGCCUUCUUUUUCAUGUUUUGUCAACUUUUUUUUCCUGAAAGCUGCUCCCUCAGUCUAGAAAUGUCACCUGCAGGAGCGACCAGUCUACAAAGACGAGUUAAAGACAUGCAGCUCCAUCGCCGAACAUGAACUGACGUGCAAUACUUAACUAGUCACUCAGACUUUUCUCUAUCUCUCAGACUACUGAUCAGCCAUUUUGGCUCCUGCUCUUAUUCCCCCAAGCCCCCUUUUGUCCUUUCCUCCAUGGUGGAUCAUUGAGCCUCAACGCUUGAGAUUUAGUAGAAUCCUCAGGAGGUGGAAAAAGCACAAUCAGGUAACAGCAGCUGUAUUAUUGACAUCCUAGAGUCUUUCCCCUCCCUUUUUUCAUUCCAUACCAAAAAAGGAAAAAAAAAAUCUGACCCGAACUGGAAUUUUAAGUGUCAACAUCAAACUGACUUCCAGCUGGACUUUGUUGUUUGUGUGUUGAUGUUAUAUUUUUUUAUACAUGAUAAAAAUGAUCUGACUUUUGAAGACCAAAUAUGGGCCGACCAUUGAGAACGGUGAAGGGCUACACAGUGGCGUUUCGGAGGGGCACGCUUUUAUUCUCCUCAGUAUGGACUAUCGUCUACAUCCUUGGCAUGCAGUUAGAAAUUCCUAAUGACGCCUGGGACAGGUACAUAAAGUCCAGAGUUUAAUAUUAGUGGCUUCAUGCAGAUCGGACGCAACAACACUCCACAGAGGCAUUUCUAGACAUAAGUUACCAUCUGUGCCCUUCAUCAAUAUAGCAUUGAAUUGUUGUUUUUUUUUUAGUCCUCAAAGAACUCAAAGUGCAACUCUCUGGUCUUCACACAUCUAAUAGACUAUUUUUUUCCCAGAAUUAUCUAUUCUUUUACCGCACAGUUGUAGUUUAAACAGAAUAUGCUGAAUCAUAUAAACAUGAACAUUUCACUUACUGGUCUGUGACCUGUGACCUAUAUUAAUCAUAAAUAAUAAUGAUAUAAAAAAGUUAAAGACGAGUUAUAUCCGCGGUUACACAAUAUGAUCAAAAAUAUGUGGACAUAUUCGUGCUUAUAUGCAGUUUGGGUACUUUUGUGUGCCCCAGUUGACAAUAGACAAACAGGUUGAUACGAGGUGUGCUCUCUACCAGGUGAGCUACUGGGUCGCCCCCACUCAAUCACUUUGGAGAGGAAGAACUUCGGCGUUAUCCUCAUUAUUGUUCUUGUGUUUGAAUCUAAGCAAAUCCCUGCAGUCAGGUUCCAACAUUUGGGAGAAAGCCAGAAGCGUUCAGGCUGAAUUUGGGUGUCCACAUACGUUUGGGUAUGUAGUGUGAUUCAAAUCUUAGAGAAACCAGUUUAAAACGGUUUUAGAAGUGUAUAGUUGGAGCGUUUAGGGGACCAGUCGUUUGUCAUACUGUAAUGUGACUGGUUUCACUUGAGCAAACUGUGACAGUAUUGUUAAGGAUGAAACAGGGACUCGCAUCAUAACUUCAUCAUCCAUUGUGUUACUGAGUACACUACAAAUCUGUACAAGCUUGGUGCUUUUCUGUUGAUUCAUAUUUACUGAUAUCUUACCAAAAGUGACAUAUUUUUUAGUAGUUCGAUAUUGGCGUAGAAUAGAUCUGUAGGUUAUUAUUUAUUAGAGAUAGAAACUGGAAUCCACGAUUGGCUGUUCUCUUGUAAAAGUCUGCUAUAAAAAUAAAAGUUUUCUGUUAUUCCUGGAUGAAGAAGGCAAGCCAUUAAAAUGGGUACCGUAAGGUACAGUAUUACUGCUGCUUGAUAUGUAUGAAGAUUAUUUAUUGUUGUUUAAGCCAUAAAAUAUUUAUUUUAUGUUUUACAACCAUGAUUAAGCAUUUAGUUCAGCUUUACACCACAAGCCAUAAAAGUAGAUUUAAAAACUCAGUCUUCUCGUGUGUUGUUGUCUUUGUUUUAUUUUUUUAUGUUGAAUAAAUGUGAGCUACCAGAAUGCACUACAAACCCGUAUUGCAUUGCACAAAGAAUUUCUGCUGAAAUUAUGAUAACCUAAACAUCAUACUCAUUUUAACAAGUGUUCUCUUGGACAAAUCCAACCAGUGAUCAACUUAAAUCAUUUCUAGAUUUGUUUUCAAAUGUGUAAUGCAUCAUUUUGAAAAAUAUUGUACCUAAUGUGUUUCACGGGAAUCCUCAUAAGCCUUCUCUCUCUCCUCUCUCUCUCUCUCUUGUCAUGGGAAUCUUUCUUUUAUAAACAUUGUUUUCCAAGAAAA